UUCGUUUACCCCCCAAAAAGACCAACCGGAGCGAGGAGAGCAAAAAGGGGAAGAGAAAAUGAAUUGAAACGAACAGCGCGACCCGCGACGCGAGGGAACUCCCACCGGUCUCGGCGCCUCCGCGGCGGACAGCCUCUCCGAUCUCGAGCGCGGUCCGCUCCGGCUCCUCCCUGCGUCAGCUCGCGAGGCCCUUGGAGCUUCGAGUCAGAUCCGGGCGGGCGCGGCCCAGGGUGGCUCCGGUGCCGUUGAGCCGCGUGAUGUAGGGUUUUCGCGCGCCGCAGAGUGGGACUGGGACUGGGAGCGAUGGGGCGCCGGAAGAUGUCCGCGGCGGCACCGCCGUCUCGGAGCUGGUCCAACGUUGGCGGAAGCGUAAUCCCCGAACUUCGAGCGAAACACAAAAUGGACUUGGAGAAUUUGACGCUGACAAAACAGCCACUCAGAACAUUGCAUUUUUUCCUGUUAGCCAUGUUACGAUACUUGAAAAGAUUAGCAACGUAUAUCCUGAGUAAGGGUGGUUUCUUCUUUCUCCUAAUUGUUCUGUUGGUAGCUUCUGGAAUCUUACUCGCCGUUUCGGAUGGCCAGAAUAAGAAGCAUGUGCAGGAAUUCCUUAAUUAUGCUAAAUUUGUGUUGUGGUGGGCUUCAUUAGGUGUGGCCUCGUCAAUUGGACUAGGUUCUGGUUUGCAUACAUUUGUGCUGUAUCUGGGUCCUCAUAUUGCUCUAUUCACUAUUAAGGCUGUCCAAUGUGGUCGAAUUGAUCUGAAAAUGGCUCCAUAUGACACCAUACAGCUAAAGGUUGGGCCAUCAUGGCUUGACAAGAAAUGUUCAGAAUUUGGACCGCCUGUGUAUCCAGCAUCAGCUCAUUCAGUUAGGAUCCCAGUCUUCGACUUACUACCUCAGAUACAGCUGGAAGCAGUUCUUUGGGGAAUUGGGACUGCGCUUGGCGAGCUCCCCCCUUAUUUUAUAUCACGAGCAGCUCGCUUAUCAGGUAGCAAGUCAAAAGCUGUUAAGGAGCUUGAUGCCGCUACUUCCAAAGAAGAUGGGCCAGUAUCAUCCACUCUUAAUCGAACCAAGCGUUGGCUUCUCUCUCACUCUCAACAUCUCAAUUUCUUCUCUAUCUUGAUACUUGCUUCGGUUCCGAAUCCACUCUUUGACCUUGCUGGUAUUAUGUGUGGGCAAUUUGGUGUGCCUUUCUGGGAGUUCUUUUUUGCUACUUUGAUUGGGAAAGCCAUCAUCAAGACUCAUAUUCAGACACUAUUUAUUGUGUCACUGUGCAACAAUCAGCUCUUGUAUCUUAUUGAAAAGGAGCUAAUCUGGAUAUUUGGUCACAUUCCUGGGUUUUCUGCCACCCUUCCAACUGUGAUUGCCAAACUUCAUGCUGCCAAGGACAAGUAUCUAUCACCACCAGCGCCAGUCUCACCGUCCUCACAAAUGGAGGGGAAACAGUGGAAUCUCUCUUUUACAUUUGUCUGGAACUCUAUAGUGUGGCUUGUGCUUCUGAACUUCUUCAUUAAGAUAAUCACGUCAACGGCACAGGAUUAUCUCAAAAAGCAGCAGGAUAUGGAGAUGGAACUUAUUUCCGAUUCCCCACUCCUGGACCAUUCGAAAACUAACUAGUGGCACAGCUAGUGGUGUUUAUUCACAGCCGCUAGCUGCAAAGAUUCUCCUCUGUAGACUUGACUCCUGGGCUUCUGGCUAGGCCCCUGCAGAUGAUUUCAAGUUCCAACAAUUAGUAUUAGUAGUUAUUCAUCUGUACAGUGAACAAAAUCAUGGGCUUGGUUAACUAGUCAGGUGAUGGCUGCGACCUUUUGUCAUUGAUCCUGUACUGGCAGUUUGUCGAGGAGUCAUUCUGUUUAUUUUUCGGACAUCUACACGGAUGAGCAGUAGGGAUUGUUUAUGGACCACGGUUGGCUUUGCCGAGAUGUAUCACUCAUACCUGUUCCUAUUUAUUUUGGGGACUUGAAAUGCAAUAGAAACCCGGGAGGAUUCAACAAUGAUA